AUGGUUAAUGGUUUAGAUGUGACUGUGUUUGUUUCAAUUUGGUGUACAUUCUGUUUUGGCAAAUAUUCGAAAAUUGUACGAUUAAGUAUUGAUAACCCCAAAGUUAAUCGUGGGUAUAAGCAUUCUUCUGUUGGUUGCGCGUGUUACAGAUUCAUGGCUCCUAAAAACAUCACACUACUUGGACAACUUGAUUUGUUGCAUGAGAAGUUCACUUUGAAAGUUCGAGUCAUUCGAUUGACUAAACAACUAACUUAUGAUAAGAAGAAGACUUUUCGUAUUGAUAUGAUAUUAGUUGAUGAAGAGGGUACUAAAAUUGAAGCUCAAGUUCCAAGUAGGUGGGUUUUCAGAUUUGAAAAGAUGCUUGCUGAAAAUGAAUCUUAUUAUAUCGAGAAUCCUCAAGUUGGUGAAAACACUGCGGAUAACAAAUUUGUGAUUAAUUCAAACAAAUUACAUUUCUGUCCAAUCACAAUGGUUACCAAAUCCAAUGAUUUUGUGGGUCCUCUAGGCCGAAAAGUGAGUGUUACUUUAUGGGAUGAUUAUGCUCAACAAUUUGUUGAUUAUGUGUCAAAUAAUCCGGAAAAAAGGACUGUUAUAAUAAUUAUCCAGUUUGGAAAAGUGUCUGAUUAUCGAGGUCGUUUGUCUGUUUCAUAUUGGUACUCUGUUACCAAGCUUUACAUCAAUGCUAACAUAGAAGAAAUCCUACAAUUCAAGAACACUUUGGUUUCCAAAAAUUCUUUUGAAAAUCUGUCUGCUAAUCGUAGCAAAGAUUCAUCAUCCCUACUGUAUUCUGAGACUGAUGAGUUUCUUUUGAAACAUGACUUCAAACCCAUUACCGAAAUCCAAGAAAUCACAAAGGUAAGCCGAGUAAUUGUGCUUGGUACAGUUAAGCGUGUGUGCACAUAUUUUUCAUGGUUUAAAAUCCCAAUUAGAGUCCAAGAUCCUACAGGAGUAAUUUCAUUGACUCUUUUUGAUGGUGAUGCUAAUAGGCUUUUAAGAAAAAAUGCACAAGAAUUGCUGGAAAUUUUUAAUGAGGAUGGUAAUACUGCUAUUUUCCCCAUUGAAAUCACUGAUUUGCUUGAGAGGAAAUUUGCGUUUCUGAUUGAAGUUUCUGAAUAUAAUUUGACAAAUAAAGUACAAGGGUAUUCAAUACGCAAGUUGACUACUGACCGUAAAAUACUUUCUGAACUUGAAAAGAAGUUUACAAUUGACCAGACAUUCUUAGUAUGUUCUUAUUUGCAACAUGUUGAUUCCGACUCUUUCAACACUGCAAUCUUUGAAGUCACAUCUCAAGAAACUACCAAUUUGAAGGAUGCAAUAUCAUUCACGGGAGAUAGCAUCACUCCAGCCUCUAAUGUUGAGAAAAGCACAGCGACGAGUCCGUUGCCCAAAUACCAUUUUUCUAAAGUUGUAUCUCCCAAUGCAGAGCUAAAGCGCAAUCUUUCUGAAGUUUACGAUGUUGAUGACCCACCAGCAAUGUCAUCGACAAAAGUGCGUUCAACUAUCAUGGAUGAUGGCUUUUCGGGACAUGGCAAGAUGGAACUUUUGAUUCCAAAAAUAGAGAAAUAA